CAGACAUUCUGCUGUCUCUUUGUCGGCCUAAACGUCAAAUGCAAUGUAAUUCUCAUCAAAAUUGUCAGAUUAUGUAUUCACCGCCGAGUAAAACGUCGUAGAAUUCCAUGCAUCUGCAAAAUUGAAUAACCAUACAAUCCGAUAAACGUCGCGCUGGACUUUGAAAACCUCCUACAAGAUGUCGUUUAAGAAGAUCAAGGCCCGUCAGAUAUUCGAUUGCAGAGGCGAGCCGACUCUGGAAGUUGACGUGAUCACCGAUUUAGGGUUGCUCAGAUCAUCAGUACCCUCCACCGUAUCAAUCAACCCGAAUCAAGCGGUGGAAAUUAGAGACGGCAACACAGCGGCUUAUCAUGGUCGCUCGGUGUUCAAAGCAGUCGAUAUCGUUAACAAUGUAAUCGCGCCGCAAUUGAUGAAAUCGCGACUGAAUGUUUGUCAGCAGACUGAAAUAGACACGCUGCUCAACAAGCUGGAUGGCACGGAUAAUAAAUCGAAACUCGGCGUGAACGCUAUUCUGGGAGUCUCCGUAGCCUGCUGUAAGGCUGGAGCGGUCAAGAAGGGUCUCCCUGUUUACAGGUACGUCGCCGAAUUAGCCGAAAACAGACAAUUGUACGUGCCUGUGCCGAGUUUCAGCGUCAUCAGCGGCGGCAAAUACGCCGGCAAUAAACUAACAUGUCAGGAAUUCGCAAUUUUACCCAUAGGCGCCGAAAGCUUCGCUGACGCCAUGAAAAUGGGCACCGAGGUGUAUCGAGUAGCGGAAAGGAAAAUUGUCGAGGCUCAAGGAAUAACAGGCCCACCGCCCGUUAGUGACAAAGGAGCCUUUGUACCCGAGAUGGAGGAUGACAAAGACGCCUUGACUCUUUUAAACGAUUCCAUUAAGGACGCAGGAUACGAAGGCAAAAUUAAGAUUACGCUGGAUAUGGCAGCGAGUGCUUUUUACAAAGAAGGAGGAUACGAUCUAGCAUUUAAGGAGGAAGAAUCCGAUCCCGACGAUUAUUUGGAAGCCGAGGCUUUGCGCGAUCGAUAUUUAGAGUAUCUGUCGGAAUUUCCAGCGAUAGUCUCUAUCGAAGAUCCCUUCGAUCAAGAGGACUGGGAAGGUUGGUUGACUAUCGCUGGCCAAGAUAUUCAAGUGGUGAGCGAUGCCCUCACGGCGAUGAAUAUCGAGAGAAUCUCGGAGGCAAUAGACAGAAAAAUAGCGAAUUGUCUUGUGCUGAGAAUAUCGCAAAUUGGCACUGUAACAGAGCUCAUUAAUUGCGCGAAAAUGGCGAAGAUCAACGACUGGAGCUACGCCGUGAGCGCGAGUCGCGCCGAAACGGAGGAUAAUUUCAUCGCUGAUUUGGCGGUCGGCUUGUCUGCCGGCCAGUUCAAAGCUGGUGCACCUUGCAGAGGUGAAAGAAUGGCCAAGUAUAAUCAAAUAUUGAGGAUCGAGGAAGAACUCAGCAAGGAUGCCAAAUAUGCUGGGCCGAAAUAUCGAAAUCCGUUGGCAAAAUAAACAAACCAACGGUGCGCGUUACCAGUUCAAAUCGAACAUAAAGAAAUCAACAACGCUUACCAUC